GUCAACACAAUGUCGACCCCUACGCCAAAAGACCAUACUGUUAGGGUCUUUCCCACCCAAACCUUCCACCCAUUUCCAAGGCUUCCACUCGAACUUCGCCAAGAGAUCUGGAAGCUGGCUCUCCCUAUGACCGCCGAGAAACCGGGUGUAUGCGUCCUCUCAGAAGGCAUGACAUCCCGGGGGGGUAUAAGCAGGCUCACAGUCAAGCAGCACCAGUCGUCACUCAAGGCCGUCUGCCAGGGGGCACGCCAAACAGCCCUUGAAAACCUCCCCGUACGACGCGACUACAAUCCUCUGAUCGACAUUUUAUAUAUCGGCCGCGACUGCUUCUUCCCUUUCUGUUCCAGGGCUACGAUUGAUGACUGGAGCCGUGUCAGGCACAUUGCACUUGCUCUCCCAGUUGCGGAGAUGGGCCUUAACAUGCCUUUCGCCCUGUUUGGACUGCCCGCAUUAGAGAGUCUGUCUGUUGUCUAUCCCAAGUCAACCGGAACAGUCGACUUGUUUGACGAUGUGCGCGUUCCCAAGACGGGCCCACGAAGGCUCAGAAGGUUUACGCAGACCGAGAUGUCGAGCUUUAUGAUCAAGGCGGAUUUCAUGUAUGAGACCCAUGGCGGAGACAUUCCUAUUGUCUGGGAAAAGGAUGUCAGGACGCAUUUGGACUUUGUCAUGCAGGAGUUAUCACAGGAAACGUUUUCUGGGCGGCCGCCGUGUUGGGAUGAGGAGAGGAAGAGGUUGAUGUUGACAAUGCAUGCGUUGUGUUUUGAUGUAGAUGGUGGGAGAUGA